AUGCCGGCCCCUGUAACAUCUAUAACGUCCCUGGAACCCACUUCAUCCUACGGAUACGGCGAUCUUUUUGGUUCCAGUACAUCCUCUAGUACGGCUGCUUCAGUCACCGCCUCCAAAGAAUACCCCGUAUUCCCAAACGGCGCCUAUGUCUCCAGGUUCUAUCUUGUCUCAUCCCAGGAGUCUGGUCUGACCGACCUUGACAUUGAUCUCUACAAUGAAUGUUACCUGCCGCAUAACCCGCUGCCACACCACAACUUUCGCAGGGAUGACGCGACUGGAGCAAUCUCCCCAAAGCCUACCUAUCUAAUCAACGAGGCCCCGUGUAAACGACAAGCGGCAAUCAAUGCUAAUUGCUACUUCCAAAACACGAACGGCUACCACUGGUUCCCGAAGAGUUACGUGAUGGGGGUCUCUAGCGCCUACUGUAGCGCCAAUCCCCAAACGACGGGAUUCUAUCCUUUCGCAGGUGCAUGGUCCAAGACAUCGGCAAGCAAUUUGCCGUGUAGCACUGCCGUUGAUGAGUUAGGCACCCAGACAGCUGCUAGUCUUUACUACACCAAUGCGGCGGAAAUUACAGCUGCCGGUGGUAGUGGCACGGGUGAUAAAAACGGUGCUACAGCAAGCACGCAUCUGAGCUUGAAGAGAGCCCUCAUUGCUGCACUGCCACUGGUCUUAGUGCUGUUCCAAUGA